UUGACAGCUAACAGCUGUCAAAAUAAAGAAUGAACAAAUUAGAGGUUAAUUUCAACACAAAAUUUAAUUUAUUACAAAAAGUAAUAAUCAUUAUUGAUGUUAGCGAUUUAUACUAAAGUUAGUGUAGUGUCUAGUCAAAUAUGUCCCAGAGCGAAUAUAAAUUUGUUUACUUACACGACGACAAACCAUUUGAAGUCGACAUUAAAAUUCCAUUUGAGGGAUCUGUUGGAGAAUUAGCCCAUGUUUUGAUCUUAAAAAACAACCUACCAAUAUAUGUCGAGAAAGAUCUUGCUGACAAGUUGUCUCAAUUUAUAAGUGACUGGAGUAUAAAGCACAACAAUGAACACACGGCUGCUCUUAUAGACGACGCAAGAAAUGACAAAACUAACAUUGACGAGAUAACUAAAGAAUGGGAGAAAUUAAUGCGGGAGGAAACGGCUGAAUAUGGAGAACGUAGAUGCGCCUCUGAUGAGGAACUUUUUGCUACAGCUUACCACAAAAUGGUGCAUUCACCGGCACUAGAAACAAUGUUACAACUGGAGCACAUGUACUCAAAAACCGUGCGUGCGAAAACUGAGGAAAAAAACAAAUGUAUUCAGAAUUUAUCUAUGAAACAAACUGAGGAAAUGAACCAUGCUGUAGACAGACUAGAACAAGACAUGACUGAGUCAAAAAUCAAUGAAUUAGUGGCGAAACACUACGAGGCUCAUUCUUUACUCAAAGUUAAGUUAACGAGCGAAUUGGAUACAAUCAAGGAGGCUCAGAGGAGGGAGUACAGGGAAUGGCUGAUGCUAAUGCUUGAACAAAACCAAGCGACGAGUUCAUUACCAACUCCUAAGUAUUGUACAAAAAUAAGUUUUUUGUUAUACAAAUCGUUCAAUUUCAGCUCGCCUUUAACACCGCAUUCUCCUCAUCCCACAAUAUAUUCGUCAGAUGGCGCUAGGAGCCUAGAUACUCCCAUUUUAGAAGAAAGUUUCACCAUUCAUUUAGGAUCUCAACUGAAACAGAUGCACAAUAUCCGAAUUUUGUCGGCAAAUGUCAUGGAGUUGUGCGCUGUAGAAGACAAUGACCAGUCAUCUGAACCAAAACCACAACUGCUGCAAACAGCUCUAGCUUUGUAUUCAAGCGACCUCUCAGGGCUUGUCCUAAUGACUGACAAUAAGAUUGGGUCAAGACUCACACAAGAUUUUCAAGAAAUUUGUCAGAGAACUACUGAAUUCCAUUUUCCUCAUAUUGACGACCAGUUGGACAAAAUCUCAAAUACAGCUCAGCUCUAUCUCAAGUCACAAAAGGAAAAUAGUAACAGAAACAUAAAUAGUGAAUUGUUACAAGCGGGUGAUUUUUACAUAACACGACAUUCAAAUUUAGCACAAGUCCAUGUUAUUUUUCAUAUGGUGUCUGAUGACAGUUUAAGAGGCAGUGAUAUUAACAGCAGACAUCCCGUAGUGUUAGGAUUGAGGAAUAUCCUAAAAACGGCCUGCUCCAAUGACAUCACUUCUUUAACCAUCCCUUUGUUGUUACAAUACGAAAUGACAGAGGAAAUGACCAUAUCAUGGUGUGAAAAAAGGGCAGAAUUGGUUUUUAAGUGCGUCAAAGGCUUUAUGAUCGAAAUGGCUUCGUGGGGAGGCUCCGAGUUGAAAAAUUUGCAAUUUAUGCUACCACAAGGCAUCUCAAGUAGAGUUUUCCAGUCGCUAACCGAAAUGUUACCAAGAAUAUUCAAAGUAUCAAAUCCUAAAAUAUUGAAAUAAACCUAACCAUGUGAUAUGUAGAAAAUUAAGAACUUUUAUAUUAUCAAUAUUAAUUGAAUAAAUAUUUCAAGUUAAUGAA